UUAUAUAAGCAGCUGAUUGAAGAUGUAAGAACGAUUAAAUUCAGAGCAGGAAUUGAAAGGGCUGGAAUUCUUCUUUGUGGUCCUGUGCAGUCAGGCAAGUCGUCUCUUAUCAACUCAAUAUUCAGCAUAAGCGAAGGAAGGCCAGCACACGUGUCACCUGCAUUUGCAUUAGAGAGGAGCGUUACAUUACAGUAUAUAAAAGCCCCUGACGAUUGUGCUUUUAAGAAUUUUGAAAUCAGAGACACAGCUGGAUUAUCGGAAGGGCAAGGACUAGGUUUCAACAUUGAGGAUUUAGAGUACGCCUUGAAUGGAAACAUCAAAGCAGGUUAUGAGUUUAAAGGUGGAGUGCCAAUACAGGAAACAGAUCCGUAUUUCGCAGAUUCUCCGUCCAAAGAAGACAAAUCCCAUUGUUUGGUUAUUGUACUAGACGUUAGACUCUUAGAUUUGAUUACAGACAGAAUUUCUAACAAGUUUAGGCAAGUCGUGAGAGAAACGAUUAGUAAAGGAGUUCCUAUUGUUCUUAUUCUUACAAAGAUCGACAAGAUAUACCCAUAUCUCCGGAAGGACAUCAAAUACCUAUUUCACAGCAGCAUAGUCGAUACUGCUGUGACGAAAGCAGAACAUAUUUUAGGAAUUCAAAAGAAGAACAUACAUCCAGUCGUCAAUUUCACUGAUGAUACGGAGGUGGAACCAGUUAAAUGCAUUCCUAUCUUACUUGCGCUGAAACAAAUCCUUCACUACGCGUCUGAUCACAUUAAGUUUCGUUUAAAUGAGUGAAUAUAGAAAAACAAUUUAACUGCUUUUCAGUAGAGAAAGAAUAUAUUACAUGAUAAAUUUAUACACAUAUAUAAAAUCAUCUCUUAGUUAGAUAAUUCAGAAUAAACAGCAUUCACUCCAUUUUAAAGCUGUUUGAAAGCACCUACAAUCUAGUGGUCAUUUGCUGUUUACGAUGAACAAAAAUACUUGUGGUCAUGAACCCGCUCCCUACAUCUCAUUUGGUUCUGUCAACUUUCUGUUAAAUUUAAAACGAUUGAGCAUUUAUGUGGAGAGCAUAGAAAAGGUUUUUGUACAUUUUCAGCAUGUUUUUGUAUUUAAAACGCUCCUUACCAUCAGUGACCUUUCAUAUCAUAAGAUAGGAAAGAGAGACAAUAUUCGAUUCAAAUUUUAGAUUAGAACCUACUUAUAUAUCUUUGGUAUCAAUCGACGGGUCUGCAAUCUUUCCAUUAAAUAAUAUUGACAUUG